CAGAAUAAAAUAAUAAAUUCUUGUUUGAUCACAGCCCCACACACUCUUGUUUAUAUAAGGAGAUCAAGUGGAUGCCCUGGAUGAGCUCUGCCCAAUUUCCCCUUUUUCUUUUCUUCUGAUUUAAGCUCCGCCCAAUCAAUUGGCCCAACAUCAACUGAUAUCUUUCUUACAUUGUAUUUCGUCUGAAGUCCAAUGGCCGGAAUUCCCACUACUCUCUCUCUCAUCUUUCUCUCAAUCUUCAUCUUCUAUAUAAACAGUAUCCUCCCAGCAGUCGGUAGCUCAAAUGCCACCUCCGAGAGACCUCUCAGUCCCACAGAAAUGGCACUUAAAAAAGAAAAACUAAGUCACUUUCGCAUAUAUUGGCACGACGUUGCCUCAGGUCCUAAUCCCACUGCCGUUCGAAUAGCUCAAGCACCAUCAACGAACAAAUCCGCAACAUUAUUUGGUGCCAUGGUUAUGAUCGAUGAUCCAUUAACUGAGGGUCCCAAAUUGAGCUCAAAACUGGUCGGUCGAGCACAAGGAUUUUAUGCAUCUGCAGCACUAAACGAUGUAGCAUAUAUAGUCGCGAUGAAUUUUGCUUUUAGUACCGGAAAAUAUAAUGGAAGUUCGAUAAGUAUAUUCGGACGUAACCCUGUGUUGUCGGAUGUAAGAGAGAUGCCAAUUAUUGGUGGCAGCGGAGUUUUCCGAUUUGCUAGAGGAUAUGUUCAGUUUCAUACUGUGAACUAUAAUAUCAAAACUGGUGAUGCUACUAACGAGUAUAACAUCUAUGUCUUUCAUUAUUAAAAAUAAAUUUAGUUGUAUUUUAUUUUGUUUUGAGGGGUUUAUCCGUUGGAUCUGAAUCAUGUUAUCAGUUCUUUCUUGUCUAUGUACACAAAGGUUCAGAUAAUCCAUUUUCCUUAAUUUCAUAAUUCUUUCUAUUUUCA